AUGCCAUUGACAGCUGCACAACGAGCAAAAAAUUAUCGUUAUCGAUUAAAACAGAAAACAGACAAAUAUAAUGAUUUCAAACGAAAAGAUCGAGAACGAAAAGCAAAGAAACGAGCUUCAAUGACUGUCAAAGAAAAAGAAAUUGUUGUUAAACAUCAUCGAAUAGCACAGCAACGUUAUCGUGAAAAAUUAAAACAAAAUAAUUCAAAUCAACCUAAAUCGUUGUAUAAUAAACAAACACUUGCCAAAGCUGCGAAGAAAGUCUUACGUGUACUUCCUACGAAUCCAGAUAAACAACAUCAAAUUUUAACACGAGUUGGGCAAAAUUUAGGUUUAUUUCCAAAACCAACACCUCAUCGUCAACAAGCAUCCAUACCUAUGGACGUUAUUCAGAAGGUUCAGGACUUUUACAAAAAUGACAAUAUUUCAUGGCAAGCACCUGGAAAGCGAGAUUAUGUAACAGUUCGAGAAAAUGGUACUCGUGUUAAAUAUCAAAAGCGUUUUUUGUUAUUCAAUAUUCGAGAAGUUCAUCAACUGUUUAUUCAAGAUAAUCCAGGUUUAUCUGUUGGCCCGUCUUCAUUUGCUAAACUUCGACCUAAAUUUGUUUUAUCAAAGAAUUGCUUGGCACAUCGAGUAUGUGUCUGUAUUACUCACGAAAAUGUUAGCCUUCUAUUGGAAGCGUUGUCGAAGGAAGUGCCAGGUUUGGCAAACAAUUUGAACACAUUCUUAUCGAAACUUGUUUGUGAUCAACAUGAAAAAUCUUGUAUGAUGUCAAUAUGUAAUACAUGUCGAAAUAAAUUUACUCUGAAUAUAUUAAAUAAAGUAAUUGAUAAAAAGAAAAACAUUGAAUGGUAUCAGUGGUCUAAUACCAGAGGAAGAGCAACCAAGAAAGUUUUUUCUGGUUCAGUAUUAAAAUGUGCAAAAUUACUACAGAGUAAAGUACCACACUAUAUUCGUCAUGUCUAUAUCAAGAGAAAACAAAGUGAUUACUUUGAAUAUAUGAAGAUUCAUGCAAAUGAUAAUACUGUAAUCUGCCAAAUUGAUUACGCUGAAAACUUCUCCAUUGACUACCAAAACCAAAUUCAGUCUGCCCACUGGGGUAAAAAACUUAUUUCAAUCUUCACAGCUUAUGCUUGGAUGGGUGGAAGUGGUGGUGAUGGUCAGUCUUUUGGUUUAGUCUCGAAUUCUAUCGAACAUAAUAAAUAUUCAGUUAUUACGUGUUUAGAAAUACUUAUUAAUGAAAUUAUCAGCAUGAUGCCUGCUGUUAAUGAAAUUAUUUUUUUCUCUGAUAAUGCUUCUAGUCAAUUUAAAAAUCGAUAUGUUCUUAAUUAUUUAACACAUAUGAUGGAUACAAUGGAUAUCGAUCUUAGUUAG